CAUUUAUAAACACAAUAUUUUGAAAUAAGUGGUAAUUUCGGCAACAGGUAAAAUAGUAAAUUAAUUAGUGCAAAAUGCCCGUUGUGGACGCAAGUGAACUGGCACAGCUGCAGGCCAAGCAGCAACAGGUGCGUAAUAUAUGCAUCUUGGCGCACGUGGAUCAUGGAAAAACAACUUUGGCGGAUUCGUUGGUAGCAAGCAACGGCAUCAUUUCACAACGCAUGGCAGGCAAGCUUAGAUAUAUGGACAGUCGUCAGGAUGAACAGGAGCGCGGCAUUACCAUGAAGAGCAGCAGCAUAUCGCUGUACUAUCAGGAUAAUAAGCAAGCUGAUUAUUUGAUAAAUUUAAUCGACUCACCUGGCCAUGUAGACUUCUCCAGUGAAGUAUCGACAGCGGUGCGACUUUGUGAUGGCGCCAUUGUUGUAGUAGAUGUAGUUGAGGGCGUGGGACCACAAACGCGCGCGUGUCUGAAGCAAAUCUAUGAGGAGCAACUAAAGCCAGUGCUGUUGCUUAACAAGUUGGACAGGCUGAUACUGGAGAAGCAACUAACACCGUUGGAUGCCUAUUUUCAUCUGAGCCAAGUGCUGGAGCAGGUGAAUGCAGUGCUGGGCAGCAUAUUUGCCUCCGAUGUGCUGGCCAAGGAGGAUAUUACGCAAAAGGAUAACUAUGAGUCUGCGCUGGAGCAAGUGGAUGACUCGGAGCUGUACUUUUCACCAGCAGCAGGCAAUGUAGUGUUUUGCUCUGCCUAUGAUGGUUGGGCGUUCGGUGUGGCUGACUUUGCUAGAAUGUAUGCAGAACGUUUGGAAAUGUCAGUCGAGGACUUGCAGCAAACACUCUGGGGUGACUUUUACUAUAAUGCCAAAAAGAAAUGCGCAGUGGCGGGCGCACAGGAAAAAGCCAAGAAGCCCAUGUUUGUGCAGUUUGUGCUGGAGAACAUCUGGAGUUUGUAUGACAUAAUAGUUGUGCGCAAGGACAAGGAGAAGCUUCCGGGCAUAGCUGAGAAGCUGGGAUUAAAGCUGGCGGCGCGCGAUUUACGCUUAACCGAUGCCAAGCUGCAAAUAAAAACGCUGCUGGGUCAGUGGCUGCCCAUAGAUCGUAGUGUGCUGCAAAUGGUGGUGCAACAUGUGCCCGCACCACACUGCAUAAGCGAGGAGCGCGCACAACGUUUGCUAUAUCCAGCCAACAUGGAGCUGCAGUCGCUGCCGCCACAAACUUUGGCUUUAAAGGAAGAGUUUCGUAGCUGUAAAGCCGCCAGCGAACAUGUCAUCGCCUUUGUAUCCAAAAUGACGCCAGUGCAUGUGACCCAACUGCCGCAGAAUCGCGCCAAGCGCUUGACAGCGGAGCAACUGCAGCAGCGCCGGGAUGAAGUGCGUCGUCGCAUUGAAGAACGCAAGCAGCAAAGCGAGCAGGAAAGCUUGGAAGCGCUAACCGCAGGCGUGGAGCAGCUAAGCACGCCGUCCAGUCAAAAUGCAGCAGCUGUCGAAGCUGAGCCGGAACGUGCCGAAUAUGAAUUCAUUGCCUUUGCACGUGUUUUUAGCGGCACUUUACGACGUGGCAUGCAACUUUAUAUGCUUGCACCCAAGCAUGAUCCACGACAGCCCACACAUAGAGAUGCAGAGCAGGCGCCCUAUGCCAGCUUGGUCACCAUAGGUGAUCUUUAUAUGUUUAUGGGCGGUGAGCUGCAGCUGCUGGAGGAGGUGCCUGCGGGCAAUAUCGUUGGCAUUGGCGGCUUGGAGUCGCAUAUAGUUAAAACGGCGACGCUUAGCUCCACCUUGGACUGCACUUCAUUUAGCGAGCUGAGCAUUAUGGCCACACCCAUUUUAAGAGUAGCUAUAGAGCCUGUGCUGCCGCAGGAUAUGCCCAAGCUGGCCAAAGGACUUAAGCUGCUCAAUCAAGCGGAUGCUUGUGUGCAAGUCUCUGUGGCACCUACGGGUGAGCAUGUGAUUACCACUUUGGGUGAAGUGCAUGUGGAGAAAUGUGUGCAUGAUCUGGAGCAAAGCUAUGCGAAGAUCAAGGUCAAUGUAUCCAAGCCUAUAGUGUCCUUUAGGGAGACCAUUGUGCCAGAUGCUACUGUAGAUAUGGUCAAUGAGGCGAUAGUUAAAACUGCCGAGGAUAAGGAUGUCACCAAGAAGAUUGCCGUGCAGCAGACGCUCAACAAACUGGGCACGCUUAAGGUUAUAGCAUUGCCCUUGCCAGAGUCGGUGGUGCAGCUGCUGGAGCAGCAUGGGAAUGUGUUCAAGGAGCUUGCUGCCACGCCUAGGAACACAUUGCUUUCUGAAAAGUUCAGCUCACUUUUAAAUAAUAUAAAGACUCAACUCAUUGCUGGUUUCACGGAGCUGCAGCUGCAAGGCUUAUCUACGCUCACUCCGGAAGAAUUGGUGGCACGCAUUUGGGCUUUGGGUCCACGCAACUGCGGCACUAAUAUAUUGCUAAAUCUCAGCGACUAUGAGCAGCCUGACUUUUGGUCUGCACAUGGCAAAGCCUCUGAUACAGAUGUGCGCGCUGCAGCAGAUCCUCGGCGGGAUUACAAUAGCUCGCUGCUUAAUGGCUUUCAAUUAACCACUGGCGCUGGUCCGCUUUGCGAGGAGCCCAUGCAGGGCGUCUGCUUUGCUGUGCUCGAGUGGUCUGUACAGUCCGAGGGCGAAGAUCUGAAUGCGCGCGGCUUUGGUCCGUUUUCAGGCCAGGUCUUAACUGCUGCUAAGGAAGUUUGUCGUCAGGCUUUUCAAAAUCAGCCACAGCGUCUAGUUACGCCUAUGUAUAGCUGUAAUAUUGUUGUUAAUGCAGAGAUGUUGGGCAAAAUGUAUGCAGUAAUUGGCCGCAGACAUGGCAAAAUACUUUCCGGCGACUUGACACAGGGCAGUGGCAACUUUGCUGUGACCUGCCUGCUGCCGGUCAUUGAAUCGUUCAACUUUGCACAAGAGAUGCGCAAACAGACAUCUGGCCUGGCCUGUCCCCAGCUAAUGUUUAGCCACUGGGAGGUGAUUGAUAUUGAUCCCUUCUGGCUGCCCACAACCGAGGAGGAACUCAUGCACUUUGGCGAAAAGGCGGACUCGGCGAAUCGUGCCAAGCUCUACAUGGACAGCGUGCGUAGGCGCAAAGGACUCUUUGUGGACGAGCAGGUGGUGGAGCAUGCGGAGAAGCAGCGCACGCUCUCCAAGAACAAGUGAAGGCAACUACGCACAAUCUAUACCUCAACUUUAGUUAAUUAAAAGUCUUUGUUAGCUGCCGU